AUGUCUGUCCGAGCACCCAUCGUUGCAUCGCAUUGUCAAGCCGGAGAUGAAUUUAAACCAAUACACACAUUUACACUUAUCCGUUACAUCAACGGCGUAGUUGCCUUAUCCGGUAGGGUUUUCCUCCAGAAGAUCACUUCGGCGCAAGGUCUACUGUUUACAAGGUGGAAUAUCCGUGGAGGAGUCGGCGAGGCUCCCAAAGUCAAAAGCCAUCCCCAAAUUCUCAAUCGCAUGAUGGAGAUCUGCACACCCUCUUCCCAGGUUUCCCCACUCGGCCAGCUCGCCGAUUUUGGCACUGUGGUAGGCAUCAGUGAUGCAGAGAAAGGGCAGAUCAAAGCCUCAAUCUUUUAG